UCUCUCUAAAACUCAAAAAAAAAAAAAAAAAAGAUGCGCCAGAAAUCUAUACUAUCCUUCCUUCUGAAACCGCCGCCGCCGUCAACAAAGGCGCCGGAAAAUGACAAACCGGUCGUCAUCAGAGCUCCGGUGGCUGUUCCCGACGAGAAACCGCAACUUAGAAAUAUAGCCGCAUCUAUCGACGAAAUCAGAGGAACCGACACUCCGCCGGAGAAAGAGCAACGUUCGCUCUUUCCGGUUAAGUCGGUUUCCGGCGGCGGUGAAACGGAUGGAGUAAACAGGAACGGACAUUCGUUGUUUUCGAGUAUUAAGCAUAAGUUUAUGAAACCUAAUAGUGCUGAAAACAAGCCUUCUGAUAGGAGUUCAUUAGAUGACAAACCUGCAAAUGAUAAUGUGAAAUCUAGCAACUAUAAUUGCUCACAUCAAAAAGACAAGGAGAGUUCAGCUUCUGUUUCUACAAGAAUGAAAAAUGUUAUCAAUGUUGAAGAAAUUAACCAUGAGGGGGAUACUAUUAAGUCUAAGUUCAUGAGGCCUAACAUUGUGGAGAAGGCUUCUGAUAGGAAUUUUCUGAAUGGAAACCAUGAAAAUGUUAACAUGCCAUCUAACAUUUAUAGUUCCUCAAAUGGAACAGACAAAGAGAGUUCAGCUUUUGGUUUUCCAAGAAUGAAAAACUGGAUUAAUGUUGACGAAACUACUUGUGAAAUGUAUAGAGGAAAUCGCUUACAUGUAGAUUGUGACGAUGAUAUAACAGGGCCAGAAACUCCAGGAACACGGCCACUGGUUCCACGUCUGAAGCGAGUUCAAGAGGAUAGAUGUAAUUUUGGGUCUGCCACUACACAAUCCAAUAACAAAAGAGUGAAGUUUUCUGAUGCUUUACUGGCUAAAAAUACGAAAGAUGAAUUGUCAUCUGAAAUGGCCAGUAGAUUGGUUCCACCUCUGAAGCGAGUUCAAGAGGAUAGAUGUAAUUUUGGGUCUGCCACUACUCAAUCCCAUAGCAAAAGAGUGAAGUUUUCUGAUGCUUUACUGGCUAAAAAGACGAAAGAUGAAAUGUCAUCUGAAAUGGCCAGUAAGUUUGACUGGCUUCUUCCCUCGAAAAUUAAAGAUGCGAACGGAAGAAGGCCAAACAACCCCCUUUAUGAUAAGAGAACACUUUAUAUACCGCCUGAUGUUUUAAAGAAGAUGUCAGCAUCUCAGAAGCAGUAUUGGAGUGUCAAAAGUCAAUAUAUGGAUGUUCUUAUAUUCUUUAAAGUGGGAAAAUUCUACGAGCUUUAUGAACUAGAUGCUGAAGUUGGACAUAAAGAACUUGAUUGGAAAAUGACGAUGAGCGGUGUUGGUAAAUGCCGGCAGGUUGGUAUAACUGAGUAUGCAAUAGAUGAUGCUAUUGAAAAGCUGCUAGCUCGGGGGUAUAAAGUUGGGCGAGUAGAGCAAUUGGAAACAUCAGAACAAGCAAAAUCAAGAGGUGCUACUGCGGUCAUUCAAAGAAAAUUAGUACAUGUGCUCACACCAUCAACCUUAAUGCAUGGUAAUAUUGGGCCUCAAGCUGUCCAUCUUUUUGCUCUAAAAGAGGGCGUAAGAAGUGGUGAUGAUGGUACAAUUGCAUAUGGAUUUGCCUUUGUUGAUUGUGCUGCCUUACAGUUUUGGGUCGGAUCUGUCAUUGAUGAUGCUUCCUGUGCAGCUUUAGGGGCUUUAUUGAUGCAGGUGUCACCUGCAGAAGUUAUAUUUGAAAGUCAAGGGCUAUCUAAAGAAGCUCAGAAAGCCCUUAACAAGUAUUCAUUGAUGGGUUCUGUUGCCUCAAGAAUGACUCCAGCACAGCCAGCCACAGAUUUUAUUGAUUCUUCUGAAGCUCGAAACUUUAUUCAACUAAAAGGCUACUUUAAAGGUUCAUCUAAUGCAUGGGACUGUGCACUUGAUGGCGUGCUUCACCAAGAUAUCGCAUUAUGUGCUCUUGGUGGACUUACCAAUCAUUUGUCCAGGUUAAAGUUAGAUGAUGCAUUACGGAAUGGAAGUAUUCUACCCUAUGAAGUCUACAAAGGAUGUCUUAGAAUGGAUGGACAGACAAUGGCCAAUCUUGAAAUAUUCUCUAAUACCGUAGAUGGUGGAAUAUCAGGAACGCUGUACAAAUAUCUUGAUAACUGCGUAACAUCGUCUGGUAAGCGGCUUUUAAGGAAGUGGCUAUGUCAACCACUGAAAGAUGCUGAAGAAAUUAAUCAGAGGCUUAAUGUUGUCGAAGAACUGAUGGGUCGUGCAGAGAUAAUGGCACUUAUUCCUCAAUAUCUUCGGAAACUUCCAGACUUAGAGAGAUUUCUUGGACAAAUUAAGGCUACCUUCCAGUCAUCUGCAUUACUCUUAUUGCCCUUGAUUGGAAACAAAAUACUGAAACAAAGAGUGAAGGCAUUUGGAUCUCUUGUUAAAGGUCUACGUGCUGGAAUGAAUUUAUUGAUGCUCUUACAGAAGGAAAAUGAUGUUUUCUCUUUGUUACUAAAAAUAUUCACCCUUCCUGUGAUAAGUGGGAAUGACGGCCUUGAUAAAUUUCUCACCCAAUUUGAAGCAGCUGUAGACAGCGAUUUUCCAAAUUAUCAGGCACAUGAAAUCAAGGAUUCGGAUGCUGAAACACUAUCAAUUCUUAUUGAGUUAUUUAUGGAGAGGGCUAAUGAGUGGUUUCAGAUUAUUGUUGCUCUAAACUGCACAGAUGUGCUUAGAUCAUUUGCUAUCACUGCAAACUUCUCUUGCAUGGCCAUGUGUAGGCCAGUUAUAGUUCCUCGAUCAAACUCAUCAUGUUCUAAUCAAGCAUCCAAGGGACCCACUCUUCAUAUGAAAGGAUUAUGUCAUCCAUAUGCCCUUGGAGAAAGCGGAGGAACACCUGUUUCUAAUGACUUGUGUCUUGGAGAUAAUGACGCUGGAUACAAUCCCCGCACAAUGCUGUUGACUGGGCCAAAUAUGGGUGGAAAGUCAACUAUUCUCCGUGCUACCUGCUUAGCCGUUGUUCUUGCUCAGCUUGGUUGCUAUGUUCCUUGUGAAAUGUGCGUUCUGUCACCUGUGGAUAUUAUUUUCACACGUCUUGGCGCUACUGAUCGUAUAAUGACCGGCGAAAGUACCUUUCUCAUAGAAUGUACAGAAACAGCAUCCGUUUUGCAAAAUGCAACUCAAGAUUCUCUUGUUAUUCUUGACGAAUUGGGCCGGGGAACAAGCACUUUUGAUGGAUAUGCUAUUGCUUACGCUGUAUUUCGUCAUCUUGUUGAGAAGGUCAACUGCAGGUUAUUAUUCGCAACCCAUUAUCACCCGCUGACAAAAGAGUUUGCCUUACACCCUCAUGUAAUGCUACAACACAUGGCCUGCACUUUCAAAUCCAUAUCUAAUAACUCAGCAUCAACUAACCAGGAGUUAGUUUUUCUCUACCGUCUAACCAAUGGAGCCUGCCCAGAGAGCUACGGAAUGCAAGUGGCAUUAAUGGCCGGUAUCCCAAAAAAGGUGGUGGAAACUGCCAUGAAGAAGGCAGAGGUUAUGAAAACAAAGAUACGAGUGAGUUUUCAGUCAAGCGAGCGGAGGUCAGAGUUUUCGACUUUGCAUGAGGAAUGGUUAAAAAAUAUUUCAGCAAUUACAGAAGUCGAAGCUCAUAAGCUUGAGGAUGGUGAUGAAGACGAUGCGUUUGAUACAUUGGUUUGUUUGCAGCAUGAGAUUAAAUGCUCAAAUAAAAAACUGCGGUAAAUGAGAGUAAGUUUCUGCAAGUUAACUUGAAUCUAGCGGAGGAUUAUGUAACAUGCUGCUAGUUCAAGGGGAAUUGAAAAAGAUCUUUAGCUUUUGAUCUCACUUGCUUUUUAUCAGUGAAAAUGGUAGUGUUCGAGAUAGUUUGUGUAUAUUGAAAACAUUUUCACUUUAUUUCAUGAAUGGUGUAAGAUGUUUAAUCUUAGGAAUGCUCAAAGUAUAUUUGGAAAUAACUCAGGGGUAAGGGGGUAUGUGAUUUCUAUUUGCUACUGUGCUGCACUCUGGUUUGGCCAGAGCUAGAACCGAAGCCAAGGCCGGUGAGAGUAAUUGGAGACAGGAAGAGGAAGAUCCUUUGUUGUCAUGUUGUAGGAUAUCUUUAGGCAGAGUUACAUUAGCAGAAAGAUAAUACAAAACAUGACUCGAAACAGUACAGGAAUACAAAGCCCAUUAUACCAAAUAUCCAAAUUGUGCCCCACUUUCGUUGCUCUAUACAAGAUCGAAUACGCCAUUGAUUAAAUCUUUUCAAAGAUCAUUUUGAGUGUAAUUAACUUUGAACGUAUACUUCUAAAUUUGCCCUCGCUAAAAGACUUCUGACUUGUCUCUAUAUUCAUUGUCAUCAUAUUGAGACUCAAAACUCAUAGAAAAUGGA